CUAAGAUGCAAGUGCUCGAACUGGCUAACUUCAUUUUAAAUGGAUAUUUUGGGAGAUUUGGAAGUAAGGUGGGUUCAGGGAAUCCCCGGUAAAAAUGUUGAAUUCGUCGAUAAGAAAACAGCCUGUUACACCUGCGGGAACUACGUAGUUUUCCUCAACAUUGAAACGAAAAUGAGAAGUUUGCUCCAGGGUCCUGGACGAGGCAUUGGUGUUUUUACAGCAAAUGGGUUUUGCAAGACUCUUGCAUUAUCUGAGCAGAAACGUCAUCCUUCCAUAUUUGUGUACAGCUACCCUAAACUUACCCUGACAUGUGCACUUAAAGGCACAGCUAAACUGGCCUACACAGCCAUGGCACUAAGUGAUUCUGGUCCGUAUUUAACCUGCUGCUCAUCUUUACCUGACUACACCAUUGAAGUGUGGAACUGGGAACAGGGAGCUCUAAUUUGUAGCCAUGCACAGGCCAUAAAUUAUCCACAAGAGGAUAUAUUGACACUGCUUUUCAAUCCAGUGAACUGGCAGCAAAUCUGUGCUGCAAGCACAAGGUGUGUCAAAGUGUGGACUAUUGAGAGAUGUAACAACAUUUACAUGAUAAAACCCAGUGUUAUUGAUCUUCCCGCUACUGAUGGAUCUGUUGUUGAGCAAGAGGUUAUUUCUUCUCACUUGCCUAAUGGGAAGUUGACAUACAAUGGCCCCCAGAUGCCCACUUCAGCUAUUGCUGGCCUCAUAGGCAACAAAGCAGAUAACUUUGUGUCCAAGAAUAGAGUGAAACCAAGACUGUGCCCAAGCGCUAUCUGUUGGUCUGUUUUCUCAGACCUGUAUGUAGGUAGUAAGGAAGGCUACCUGUUGCUGGUAAACCCUGAAACUUUGCAUGUAUCUGUCCUGUACAAGCCUCAUAUUGAGGGAAGCCAAUCAGAUGGAAACAAAAGUCUGACAAUGCAAGAAAGCCGAUUUGAGAGCUUGGCACUGCACAAUAAUGGAGUGUUGGCUACAGGAACUGAUGGUGUUUUACGAAGCAUCCAGAUUAAGGGGAAUCACGUGGAGAUAAUGGAGACUUGUGCUUUAGAGGAACCAGUAUCUGCUAUCUGUUGUUCACCUGACUACGAAACACUACUGCUGUUCUCCAUCACUGGAUGUAUUUACAGAUACAACCCAGGACUCACAGAUAAGGCUGUCAAAAUUCUGGAUGUGUUAUGUGGAGACUUUGUGUCUGCUGCUCCUUUGUAUACUGAAAAGGAUGUUUGUGUGUCAGUAAGAGAGUGUGGAGAGUUGCAGCUGUGGUCACUGAAUACAGGAUUUUGCAUUGCAUCCAUCUCUCUGCAGAGAAACGUAACCAGCUUGGCCUGUUGCCCAAUAGCAAAUUAUGUUGCUGUGGGUACAGUCAGUGGACAUGUUCUGUUUGUGGAGCUGACGAGGAAGCAGCAACCUCGACUAGUUCAUGAAAUCCAUCUGUACCAUGUGCCUGUAGAUCAUUUAGUUUUUGAUCAAGGUGGCAAUUUUUUAAUCACAGGAGCAUCAGAGCCUCACAUAUUUGUGCUGGAUGCAAGGCCAUCUAAAGCAUUUGACAUUAUUGGAUACACAGAGGGUAUGGGUGCUACUCUGAGCUUGUCUACUCAGUACCAAAAAGAGAGCAAAGAAGUGAAAGUGCUGGUUCUCUGUGAUUUUGAGAAGAUGGAAGACAAGAAAGAAGAGAGACAGGGGAAUCUGCUGUUGCUGAUCUCACUGUCUAUACAGCAUAUAAUAGGUCCAAUAAGUUGUGUGGACCUCUAUGGCUGUCUGCGCAAAGAUGUUCUUCAGCAUUGGUUGUAUGAGGUCCCACAUUUCCUUUCUUCGUGUGUCCUGGGUACCACAAAGGUCUUUGGCUAUUGCCACCAGAAGAAGGCUCUACAGAGAUUCCAGCUCCCAUAUAAUGUGGAUAAAUCAUCCAGCACUCAAGAAGCAAUUCCACUGAGCCCAGAGAAAGAAGUAGAGGGCCAUCUGCUCGGCCCUGCAUCCGUGCAUCUCUCAUGUCAUCAGACCUGGCUGGCCUCUGUUGGCAGAGAUGGGCUGCUCCGUGUCCAUGACAUCUCCACUUUGGAGAGGUAUGUACAAAUUCAGUGCCACUCCUACUGGCUGGGUGGUGUUCGCUCUGUGACUUUUACCCCUGACAGUCAGACUCUCAUCACCGCUGGCCUUCGAGAUGGCUCUCUGGUCUGUAGCAGCCUCAGGUUAAAGAUGACUGGAGUUGGCAAAGGAAACACAGCUAUGCAGUAUGGCCAUUCCAUGGUUGCCUCCUUCGAGAACAUAAUGUCCUCUGAGAGUCCUAUCCUCAGCAACAUGGCUGACUGGGACCCACAGGCAAAAUCCCCAAUGGGAUCCACUCUGUUGCACACAAGAGAGGUCAGUGAAGGGGUCCAGGUAAAAGCUGACAUAGCUGACAAGGAUGAGAGUCACUCAAGCCUGCACUCUGCAACUCCGUCUAGUUCCACCUGGCUGGACAAUAAACUAGAUGUGGUAUUCAAAGAAGAGAGCCAGCAGUUUACAGAGACCAGGAAGAGCCUUAAGAAGAGUGUAAAGGAACUUCGUGACACAAUCCAGGCAAUGAUGCAGGAGAACAAGAGUCUGCCAGACAUAGAGAAGUUAGAUCAGCAGGAGUUUAACCUGGAUGUGGAGGAACAGAUGAGACUCCAGACCGAAGGAGAGGCAGAAGUCACAAGGGUGCGAAAUGAGAUUGAGCUGGAGAACCUGGCCAAGUGUUAUCUUCGUGACGUCUUCAAGAAAGAAUGUUGGGACUCAAUGAAAGUCAAAGGAAAAUCCAUUAAGGCCUUCCAUUCUGAGCAUGAAGUGAAGAAUUAUCCUAUGAAGGAACGGACAGCAAAGGAACUGGAAGACCUUCACAGGGUGGAGACCAUCCGAAAGAUUGAACAGGUCAACUCUGAUCUCCAGCAAGAGAUUUUGGAGAGGAAGAGUAAGGCUCUUGUUGAGAGGGAGGAGGAAGAGGAAGAAGGGCAAGCAGCAGAAAGCUCUACCUUAACAGGCAGUCUGAGUGCUCAGAGUGGAUGGGCUAACCCUUACCUAUACAGCCAGUUCAACCUGCAUAUCAGAGAGCAGAAGAUCAACCAGAUCAUCCUGCUCCAGGAUGGUAUCUACAAAGUGAAAACAGCAUUCAACAGGGAGUUUGAGUCUGUGUACAAACAGAAGAAGCAGGAAAUUAGCCGUGUGAGAGAUAAGAACAAACGUAUCACAGAGAUCAUGGCAGAGCUGGACCUACAGGAGAGCUUGUGGGAGCCCACCCUGACAGACAACGAGAGGCCAGAGAGUGUGCUCACUGUCAAUGACUCAGAGAUCAAGGUUAAGAAAUACCUCAUACCUGAGCAAAGGCAAAGAGAAGAGGAACAGAGAAAAGAAGAGGAACAGAGGCAACUUGCGGCAAAGGGUGACAAUGUCAGAGAGAGAGCUCUGGAUGAUAUGAUGGGUGGGGUGCUUGAGCUAAAAAAAGAGGACAUCCUGAGAAUGGAAGUGCCGCAGCCUGAGUUUAUGGCCAAGCCAGAGCUACGGUGGACAGAGGAGGAGAGAAGAAGCUACAAAGAGUAUGAGAAAAAAGCAAAAGAGCUCAGGGAGGAACAGGACAAAUACAGAAAGGCCUUAGAGGCAGAGAUGAAGAAACUGCAGAUAUCUAUUAAAGAUGCCACCCUGGCCUUUGAUGAAACACUGAAUAAGCUGUUUGAAAGGAAGGUGAAAUCGGAGAUGGCUAUAUACCAGGAGGAGCUAAAGAUUUCUAAUCUGGCCCAUUCCUUACUAACUGAGGAAGAAGUGCUUAACAGAGAGAAAGAACUGAACCUCAAAUUAGAGAAUGCAAGAGCUGUUAAGAAUGAAUUUGGGGAAGCUUUGAAAAAACACAGAGAGGAUGUUGAGGCUUUUCAGGAGACAUAUGACAAUGCUGUAGCCGAAGACAAACUUCUUGACAAAGGAUUUCGCAAAGAGUUCUCUGAUGUUCCAGGACACGUUGACCAGCUCUACAAGCUUUACAAACGCAGGCCCAGGGUCCAAAGGAUAAGGACACAGACAGAGGGUUGUAGCCUAUUUAAGGAGCACCCCUUGUCAGGCCAAGCUGUAGCAGAGGGACUCUCACUGAUGAUGAAGGCCAUGGAGGAGUUGGACACGCCAGACAACAAGCCGGACGGUCUGGACAUGGCUGUGUGGGAGAGAUUCUGUCUGGCCAGGCGGGCUAAAGUGGAGACUGAGCACCAAGUCAAAUUGAAGGCAUUGACCCUAGCAGAAAUGCAGGCUUUUCUGCAAAAGAGAACAGAUGAAGAUGAGAAUGCACAAAUGGAAAUAAAUAAUUUGCUUGAUGAUCUUAAUGGACUGCGAGAAGAGAAGAUGAAGUUCUACUUGGAUAUUAUGGUGCAGAUUUUGAUAAAGCAGGGCCAGGUUGAGGUGGAGACUGGAGAGUUCAUCGCAGACUAUUCAGACUCUCUGCUGCUCCAUCGCAGUGUUGUAGAAGACCUGAACAGUACCAUAAAGGCUUUAGGAGAGCAGAAAAUUGCCAGCAUGACAGAGUGCAAAGACUUCCGUAAAGGAAUCAUUCAGCAGGAAUGGGAGCAUAAAAGGAUGCGGAUGAAAAUAGAGGAUCUCAUUAACAAAGCUAGAGACAUUCAGAUGCUGCGUGUUACUCAGGAACUUCAAGAGUACCUGAGAGAGACAAAUGACAACACAAUAUCAAAGCAACUAUCAACUCUAGAGAAGACCAUAAUGUUACAAGAAAAGACUCACAAGAAAAAUGUGGAAAACUGUAUAAAGCUAAUAAAGCAACUGAACAGACAGACUAUACUGAAGGAAGAGAAGAAUGCAGCUCUAGACCUGCAGCUCACCAGCAUGCAAGUGACAGUUGCAGAAAGAAGGAGAAUCUAUCAGGCAACAGCAUUGGAAGAGAACCAAGAGAAUGAAGCAGAGGCUCAUUAUCAAGACAUCGUGCACAGGAAGAAGCUUGUGGACCUGGCCAAAGUGCAGGCUGAGGAAAUGGCCAUUCUGAGAGCAGAGGUGGAACACAUGCGAAUGAAGACAUUCCCUGCUCUCUCUCAACUUAAAUAUAAAUGAUAUAGGAUAUUAAAAG